GGAGGAUAAGAAGGACACUGUUAGCAGCAGCAGGAAAUGGCUUUCGGAGUCCCAGUAUCUGUCUAUCUCUUAUUCAAAGCAAUGACGGCCCUGACUCAAGAGGCAGCCAUGCCGGGAACACCUCCAACCACAAUCCAGCAGAGUAACUGGACAGCUAACAAAACAGAAGUUGACUACACGGAAGGACCCAUAGCCUUGAGGUUCUCACAUCCUUGCCUGGAAGACCACAAUAGUUACUGCAUCAACGGUGUUUGCGCAUUCCACCACGAGCUGGAGAAAGCCAUCUGCACGUGUUUUACUGGCUAUACUGGAGAAAGAUGUGAGCACUUGACCUUAACUUCAUAUGCUGUGGAUUCUUACGAAAAAUACAUUGCAAUUGGGAUCGGCGUUGGAUUAUUAUUAAGUGGUUUUCUUGCUAUUUUUUACUGCUACAUAAGAAAGAGGUGUCUAAAACUGAAAUCACCUUACAACAUCUGUUCUGGAGGAAGACCCCUGUGAGGCCUCUGUAAGAAAUUCUCACGAGGCAUUUAUAAAAGUCAGCGGGCCCCAAACUGAAAUCUUCAACUGAAACAACAAGCUGACUGGACUGGAAAAUAACGGAAGUUGGGAUCAUGAUGAAAUGAGGGAAUAAAUUUCAACGUCGGUCUUCAGACUUUGUCAUUGUUAGGGCGCCAUGGGAGCCGAGGGAACAAGCUACAGUGACAGAAGUCAGGUUCAUUGUCCUACUCUGGAUUUGUUGCUGUUGUUAUGUGCUUAUUGUUCUGAUUGCAGAAGGACUGAGUUUCACGCUUCCGGCCAUGUCAGAUGUGAAUUUUCAUGGCAAUAAUGAUCAAGCUUGCAGCAAGUCAAAGCAGUGCCAAGCUUGGGCUCUUCAUGCCCUCGCUACCGCCAGUAUUUUGUAUCCAUGCUCUGUGGACCUCAUCCCAUGCUGCUUUCGUGGUAACUAAAAGAACGUGAUGUCAACUGUCUAGAUGAGGUCAGUAUUAUGACCCCUCCAGGGAUGCAAGCAUGUGCCUGAAGCCUAAACCAGAAAAAAGAAAAUGCCAUGUCCAAGGCAAACAUACAUCAUGCCCACCUUGCGACAAUAAUGUGUAGCCUUUAUCUGUGAAAUAUGGAAUAAGCUAGAGUUUUUAAUGACUGAAAGCUUUCUGGAAAUUGAGUCCCGAGUAGGCGAAACAUUUCUGUUUCUGCAUGGAUUAUAAAACUCUGUGUUGGACUUACUGCUCCCCUAAUGUUUAUGUUCAUCGCCUCUUCCUGUUGUUAGUGGAACUACCUGGUGACUACCCAUUUUGGCUGAAAUUCUAGAAUUCUACUAAUAAAUAAAAUGCUACCAUUUGCCCUGAAAUAGAAACUGAAGAACUGGACAUAGGAAUUUUUUUUAUAGGAAUUUUUUUCAUCAGCCAACAGCAUCUGGAAACUUUUGUUCCCAUUUCUGGAUACUUGAUAGCAGAUUUGCACAGAGCGAGAGAUAAUGGAACAAUGGCAGAAAUGCCUGUUUUUAAAUUAGAGUCCUUCCUCUUUAAUCCUAUUUCUUCCCUGUAAGUCGAAUAGUCUUGUGCAGGUCCUUUAAUUUCUUUGGGCUUUGGUUUUAUUUCUACAAGGCCCUGAUAGCUUUAAAAUUUGAAAGUGUUUUCCGUGUUUGUUCUGCUAGUGGGAUUAUUCUCAACCCCACCUCUGUCCUCUGCGCCACCUCUAAUCCCCAGACACACCACUGGAUAUCAUCUCAGGUGUGCAUUUUAAUGUUUGGUUUGUAAAAUGAUUAAUUAAAAACUUGUUUUGCAAGGAAGUGAAAUAUGAAAUUGAAGAAUAAAUGUUAUCUACUAAUUUUCUUUUGGA